CUCCGUCUGCGUUUAGAACUCACGUUUUUUGGUGGUGUGGUUCAGACCAGCUCUCUAGUUCUGGCACCAGGCCGCGCGGUUCCAGGGAAAACCUCCAGGCAGGGGCAGAGGCGCAGGUGAGAGGCAACCAUGCGGGACCGGGUUCACGCUCCCGGGAGCUAGGGCACCGGGACUCCUGGCACAGUGCACUAGCCUCGGCGGAGCGCGGGAGGGGCAGCACCCCGAACCCAGCCCAAGAAGGGAGAGGGAGGAGGUGGCCUCCCCAGGAAAGAGAAGAGGUGGAUCCUCCACUCGGGAUUUUAGCAUGAAGAGCUGUGUGCAGGUCUGCUGGGAGCCGCCCCCGGUGACAACAGAGCUCUCAGCUGCAGCCGUGUGCACGAGACACCCGAAGUCUGUGCGGAGCCAUCCCUUGCGGGUUCAGCGGAUGACUUUUUAAUGUGGCACUAGAGAUUUCCUUUAGCGCCCGUGAAGGGUUUUUAUUUAUUUAUUUUCUUCCUCGGCCCUGGGCUUUGCCCUGCUCUUGCGGACAUGAUGGCCCACUCCAAAGCCAAUGGCUCGCACCAUGCACUGACUGCCAUCGGCCUGGGGAUGCUGGUCCUCGGGAUCAUCAUGGCCAUGUGGAACCUGGUCCCUGGCUUCAGCGGCGCGGAAAAGCCGACGGCACAGGGGAAUAAGACUGAGGCGGGUGGCGGCAGUGGUGGCAUCCUCAAGAGCAAGACCUUCUCGGUGGCCUACGUGCUGAUCGGCGCGGGGAUAAUGCUCCUGCUGCUGUCCAUCUGCCUGAGCAUCCGCGACAAGAGGCGGCAGCGCCAGGGUGAGGAGCUGGCCCACAUCCAGCAGCAGGCUGGGGCUGCACCUCACGUCCAGGAGGAAGACAGCCAAGAGGAGGAAGAAGAGGCCUCCUCCAGGUACUACGUCCCCAGCUACGAAGAGGUGAUGAACACCAGCUACACCGAAGCCAGGGAGACGGAGCAGAACCCCAGGCUGAGCGUCUCUCUCCCCUCCUACGAGUCCCUCUCGGGCCCUGACCAAACCACCCCCGCCAGGGCCGAGGUGGAGCCGAGCCCCGGGAACCCCCCCAGCAGACAGAACUCCAAGUUAGCCAAGCGCCUGAAGCCGCUCAAGGUUCGAAGGAUCAAAUCCGAGAAGCUUCACCUCAAAGACUUUAGGAUCAACCUCCCGGACAAAAAUGUGCCACCCGUCUCCAUCGAGCCGCUGACCCCUCCGCCACAGUAUGACGAGGUCCAGGAGAAGGCCCCCGAUGCCCGGCCCCCCGACUGACACCCCGCUCCGCGGUUCUCUCUUCCUCCUGCCUCACGCGGUCCACUCUGCAGACUGCAGCCGAGCUGCUUGGGCCCAGCGGAGCUGCAGAGGGGCGAUUGGCACUGGCCCGCGGGGAUGGGGGAUUCUGUGAGGACAGUCCAGGACCCCCUGCUGCAGCUCCUGGCUGCAGCAGACCCCCCAUCCCCUUCCUUCCCUGAUGCUGAAUCCAUCAGUGGCGACAGACUCUUCUGAGCUAGGACCCUAGCGGCGUGUUUAGAGUGCGGCUGUGUCUUUUGCUUCUAUGACUGUUCUGUUCCAGAAGAAACAAGCUGUGCAUUUCCCCUCUCUCCUGCAUCCUGAAGCAGGGCCGUGGGAGACACUGGCUCAGCCUGGCCCCAGGGACACGGGGCCACUUGGUGCAGGAAGCAGUUGAGCGGUAGGGUGGACCCGGGUGGUGGCUCUUUGGGGUCCCUGAUGCUGGCGGUUCUUUGAGGGCCUCGGGCCUGAUGGACUUGGGCGCCUGAUGUGUGUGAUGAUAGCCUCACUGAUACCACUUACUAGGGUCCCUUCUGUGUGCCAGGAAAAGAGAAGCCUGUGGCCCAUUCGGUUCCUUCUGAAAUAUCACAGGACUGAGCUUUUUGUAAUAAAAUAUUUUAUAUGUAGCACA